AUGGCAUUCUUAUUCCGGAACAAGCAGAAGAGCAAUGCCGAGCUCACGCGCUCGACCAAGGACCUCACCGUCCGCCUGAGUCAGGAGGACAAGCCCAAUCCAAAGUUGGAAGAGGAACUUGCUCGAGACCUGCAACAGAUGAAGCUGAGACUUCAAGGCACGCCUGACACAGAAGUCAACCCCGAACUCGUAUUCCAGCUCCUCUCGGCUAUCCUAAGUGACGAUCUGCUCUACACACUAGCCAUCAACAUACACAAACUGCCGUUCGAAUCGCGCAAAGACGCACAAGUCGUCUUCUCGUCCGCCUUCCGCUACAAACCCGCCGGGCAAACAGACCCUCAGGUGUUGCACCACAUUGUACAAUUCCGGCCCGACAUCAUAAUAGCGCUAUGCAGAGGCUACGACAGAAGAGAGAGCGCAAUGCCAUGCGGAGGAGUAUUACGUGAAGCGCUCAAGUACGAUGCAAUCGCUGCGCUGCUACUGUACGACGAGGGCGACGAGGAAGGCAAGCAGUUGGAUCUUGCCAACGUCAAUCCGGAUAUACCUGCCACUGGCAAUGGCAUAUUUUGGAGGUUCUUCGACUGGAUAGAUAAGGGCGCAUUUGAGCUCAGUGCAGACGCAUUCAACACAUUUAGGGAAAUCCUCACCAAGCACAAACCACUUGUGGCUACAUUUCUACAGACGAACUUUGAAUUGUUCUUCUCAAAAUACAACAGUAUGCUGAUCUCGUCGGAGAGCUACGUGACCAAGCGGCAGUCUAUCAAAUUGCUGGGCGAAAUCCUGCUUGACCGAGCGAACUACAGCGUAAUGACGCAGUACGUGGACUCUGGCGAGCAUCUCAAAAUCAUUAUGAAGCUGUUGCGGGACGACAGACGGAUGAUCAACUACGAAGGUUUCCACGUGUUCAAGGUGUUUGUCGCAAAUCCGAACAAGUCCAUGGCCGUGCAGCGAAUCCUGAUCAGCAACCGCGAGAAGUUGCUGCGCUUUCUACCCAACUUCCUCGACGAUCGCACAGAAGACGAGCAGUUCAUAGACGAAAAGAGCUUCUUGAUACGUCAGAUCGAGCAGCUACCCAGCCAGCCGGUUCCACCGACUGCAGCAGCAUGA